UUUGUUUUGUUUCUUUUAAACAGGAGAUUUCUACACGAAAAGUGGUGCUUAAGUUGUUAAAGUUUGUGGGGGGUCUUUUCUUUUUCUUUUUUACGCCAAAACUAGAAUCAGCAGAUGAGGAAAAUUAGUUGCUAUUAAAUUAGUGACCGCAACUGCUGUGUGGCUAGCACAGUUAAGUUAAAAACAUUCGGGUAAAGAGCACAUUUUAAUAAUGUACACUGUUUUUAACGUGUUACUACUUUUUCCACACACAGUAAGAAUGUAAUAUAUGACACAUGAGUGAAAACUGAACUGUAGCAGUCCCUGCCGCUACUUUAAAACCCAUCUGCACCGAGGUGUAAAGUAAUGCUUUUGGAUGUACACUUCCAUACGUGGAGGAGACCACAUUUGGUUUGAUGUCGAUUCCCCGCGGACAGCUGGACAUCGGUCACCUGUUUGAAUCUGGGCGCCAAAUUGGCCCCAGUCAGACUCCGUGUAUGGAUCAGGUUUUGUAGGGGACAGAUGAACAGCGUGUCCUCACAACAAACUCUGUCUCUCUCGCUCUGUGUGUGUGUGUGUGUGUGUGUGUUGGACUGGGUGGGUGCUGGCAGAGGGCCUCCUAUUGUCGCUGCGGUCCUGGCUGUAACAAGAGGAGAGAGCGCACAAACACUACAAUAUAACUGAUCCGAUUUUCCUCUCCCCAAACCCUCACCCCUCCACCUGAGCGCCAGUCUCCAUCAUGGACAACCUAGAGGAGGACCUGACGUGCUCCGUGUGCUACUCUCUGUUCUCCGACCCACGAGUCCUGCCCUGUUCACACACCUUCUGCAAGACCUGCCUGGACAACCUCCUCCAGGUGUCGACUAACUACUCCAUCUGGCGUCCGCUCCGCCUGCCGCUAAAAUGCCCCAACUGUCGCAGUGUGGUGGAGCUGCCCCCUGCGGGUGUAGAUGCUCUGCCCACCAACGUGUCUCUGCGGGCUAUCGUCGAGAAAUAUCAGAUGGACAGUGAGCCGCGACCACCGUCCUGUCCGGAGCACCACAGGCAGCCUCUGAACAUGUACUGUAUCCAGGACCGGCAGCUAAUCUGCGGGCUGUGCCUGACGGUGGGGCAGCACCACGGCCAUCCCGUAGACGACCUGCAGGCAGCUUUUAUCCGAGAAAAACGGACGCCGUCACAGCUCCUGAAAAGGCUCUCUGAGGAGAGAUGGGCACAGGUGUGUGAGCUGGGGGAACAGCUGGAGCAGGAGAAGGCCUUCUGUGAGGGUGUGGUGAGGCAGGACCGACAGGAAGUCAACCAGUUUUUUCAAACACUGGAGGUGGUGCUGGCCAGGAAGAGGCAAGCCUGCCUGGACGCUCUAGAUAAAGCUGGAGCUGAGGUGUCGCGGGCGUAUGACCCUCUCAUCCACCAAGUAAAGGAGCUACAGGAAGAACAGCUGGAUCUGGUGUCCAUGGGUUCGUCUGUAGAGGAUGAAGACUCGCCCCUGGUCUUCUUGGAGAAGGUGCAUUUGUUCAGAGAGCGGGUGGAGGAGUUCAUUAAAACCCCUCUGCCCUCUGUGAUGAGCCUGUCCGUCACUCCACGGGCAGCAGAGUACCUCCAGCAGCACUGGCCUGUCGUGACCAUCGGGAGCUUGGAGGAGGCACCUGUUCCUAAGGUGCGCUGCUGUGCCAGAUGUGGCGGUGCUGGGAGUGAAGCUGGAGGGGAUCGCUCCAGCAGAGGGGUUCAGGACGUGUGGGGUGAGCUACAACCUACUACAUCGGUGGUGCUGCUGGGGCUGCUGCUGCUGUUGGCGGUGCUGUGGGUGAACCCGGUCGGAGGGGCGUCACUCGGCUUCUCCCUCAUGUCUCGGCUUAGCCACUUGGUCCACAGCCUGAGCAGCGAACUCAUCACAUGCGUGUGGGACACGGUGGGGACGGCAUGUACCGCGGCGGGGGUGGCUGUAGAUAGAUGGAGCUCACAGCUCUCUGCGGUGGGUGUUAGGGUGUUUGAGCACCUGGCUGCCUUAUUUAAAACUCUGUCCCGAUAAGAACGGCCAAGCAGGUUCAGAAAACCUUUAACAUGUGUUUAGAUUUUUUUUUUUUUAAAGUCUCACUUCCCUGUUCGUGUAGAGACGGAAAGAAUCCACCCUAAAACAGUUUGUAAACAGCUGCUACUCGCGAUUUUACGUUCCUGUUUUGUUUAACAAAACGAAAGCCACAAUGGUGAACGAGAUUUUGCUGACGUCUGCACAGCGAGGGUUUGGGACAGUGACCUUUUUCAUGAACAGGAAAACUUGAGGUCAUUCUAAAUAACAAAAAGUCAACCAAUAGAUGCAAAGACUGAACAAAAAACAUUAAUAAAAGAUUCAUUAGAAAUGUCUUAACCACAAGUAUACCUUUAGUCACACUCAAAAGGUUGUAUGUAUGUAUGUUUUCUCUAAUGUGAUUGUUUGUUCUGCACAAACAUUUCAAAAGCUUCCUGUAACCUUCUGUAGGUGCACUUUGUGUAGCUUUAUAUCCUUUUUCCUCUAUUGUGUUAUUGAUUUUGCUCUUCUUUGGACGCAUGUUACUCUAAAUAAUGUUCAGAACAUCUUACAAGCAUUUAUCAAACACUAAUCCAUCUUGAACCGUUCGGUCAUCCUCUGUCCAGUCUUGCUAUGGGACAUUUUAGUAGCUUUCCUGCCGUUUCUAUACUUGGGACACGAGCGCAGCAGGCUACACGUAGAAGCCCUCACACGGAGCGAUUUACGGUGACUGGAGCAGUAUGUGAAAUUUAGAGCCUGGUGAGUGGAAGCAGACACACGUUGGACCCGAGUUAAAGCCACCACAGAUCAUGUUGCAGUGAUGCCGAGUGCCUCCUUGACUGUGCCUUUAGCCGUCAUGCCUUCAGCUCGCCUCGCUUAAUAGCUUUACAGUAAUUCCACCAGGACCAAUACAUCGUUCCCAGGGCAGAGCUGACUUUAAAAAACAAAAAGAGCCCCUAAAAUGCUGCCCUGAUUUACAGUCAACUUUUAAAAGUUGUUACUUUAUUUUGCUCAGUUCAGCUCUUUACUGAGUAUCCAGCAGAUAUCUGUGCAGUGAUGCAGACUCUGCACAGGUAUGAUACAAACCAGGAUUUUAUAUGCUGCUGAAAUCAGACUGAACUAAUGUAGUCACACCUGUUGUAGUGUUUGUAAUUUUAUAAACUUCAGUUCAUGUAUUGAAAAUAAAUUUAAAUACUUGUGUC